ACAGGCGAGUUUGGGGCAAACAUGGCCGACGAGGAGGACUCGUCACCGGACCCCGCCGCCGGUCUUCCGCUGGGAAGCCCUCACACGGGGCGGCCUCACUCCGUGUCGUUCUCCGAGAGCGUCCCGCCGACCGUAGGAAUGGUGAGCCAGCUGCUCACCCAGCCGUCGUCACUGAAGUUCGAUAAGAACAUCAAGCAGGCCUUCUACAACACCGGGGCUAUGAUCUUCGUGGCUAUCUGCUGCGGGGCGGCGGUGCUGGUCUACUUCAUCCUGGAGGCCUUCCUCCGGCCGCUUCUCUGGGCCGUGUUGUGCGGCACCUUCCUCCACCCCUUCAAGCACUCCCUCGCUCGGCUCGGACGCUCUUGGCUCAGCGGCCUGCAGGACACCGGCACGCCCAUCGUGGUGGGCACUCUGCUGGUGCCGGUGUGGUGCGUCAACCACACGGUGGACUUCCUGGGCCGGCAGGUGCUGGAGAAGCUCCCCCUGCUGCUGGCCAUCGGAACCGGGGCGCCGCUGCUCUACGUCCUCUACCUGUCGUGGAGCGUCGUCGGCAUGGAGGUGCUUCUCGGCCACCUGUGGGGGAUCAUCGCGGCGGGGUUGGACUGUUUCCACGCCAUGUGGGUUUGCACAGUGGUCGUCGGCUACUUGUUGGCAGUCUGCUUUAAGUGGAGUCCUUACAGUGAAGGCUACUUGAGGUCCGCCGCCCUGCCCGUGUGGACCACUUUGCUUUUCUACAUUGUGUCUUUGACGGGCUCGUGGAGGGUUCCUUUAUUUGUGGUGGUGUUGCUGCUGCUCAUUGUGGGCUCCCAAGAGAAGCCUCCCGUCCCUGGCAGAGGUGAGCUGCCUGGGCGGGUGUUGUCAUUUGCUGCUAACACGAUUUACAUGGCCAUCUCCUGCGGAAGCCUGCACUCCAAAACUGAGCCAGCGGAAGGAUGCACCGCAGGCAGAUAUGGCAAUGACUCAGUGGGCAACCUCAUUGCCACCCCAGGGUUCCCUCAGAGCUCUAGAAGAGUAGCAUCCGGUCUCUUCCAGAAGAAGUCCUCCCACAGGGCCAGCGACAUCUACUUCAUCCUGCUGGUGUGGGCCAUAGUCCUUGUCCAGAUCUGGCUCAACUUGUGGGUCCUACAGCUCCUGCCCAUCCCCGUGGCAGUGUGGGUGAUGAAGAAGCUGGUGGUCCAUUUUGGCUUGAAGAGCUUUGCGGCGAGGACUCUGAGCUCGUGGUGCAGCGUGCUGGAGAAGUUCAGGCGGGAACGAGAGGAGGCUCUGCUGCCGGGCCCGAUCAAAGGCUUGGCUCAGUUCUUGCUGCGUAUUGACACAAAGAUGGUGGUGUGGUUGGAGCGCUCGCUGGAUAAAAUCAUCAGCAUCUUCAUCAUCAUCCUCCUGGUCACAGGGACCCUCCUCAUGGGGCUGCUGCUCACAGCAAUGGUUCACCACGAAAGCGCCCACAUCAUUGACGUCACCAGUAAUCUCAUCAACGAGACGGUCUCCAACCACCCAGAAUGGGCAAAGUAUGCUAUUUCCGAUUUGCAAAUGUACCGAUCGCAUUUGGUAUCUACCUUCUCUCUUCGUCGGCUCCCCUCCAGCUUGCUGCCAGAAACCCGUGUGGUCCAGAAGGCUUUGAAUUCGGCGGCCACUAACGUCUACGAGCACGGGAGAGAAUGGAUAACGCAAAAACUUCACAAGAUGUUAGGAGACAAGGUGAAUCACACGGACGUGAUUGAGAAGCAGGUGCUGGAGCUUUGGGACCGACUCUACCACUCCUGGUUUGUGAAGAACGUGACCCACUCCGGUCGCUCUCGUGGUUCCAAGUUGAAUAUUCAGAGAGCAAACAGCUGGUUGGUGGACAUCCUGGACUGGAAGGACAUCGCCUCCUUUCUUCAGGAGAAUAUUGAGACACUGUGGUCUAUUCUGGAGUCUCUCUGGGUGGUGAUGAGCAGGAACGUUGGCCUCCUCAUCUCCACGACCACCACGCUGCUCACCGUCUUGUUUCACAGCGGCACGGCUCUGCUCAACUUCGUCCUCAGCCUGGUGAUCUUUUUGACCACGCUGUUCUACCUGCUGAGCUCCAGUGGAGAAUACUACAAACCUGUCAAGUGGGUCAUCAGCCUGACCCCCCUCUCGCAGCCAGGACCUUCAUCCAACAUCAUUGGGCAGUCUGUGGAGGAGGCCAUCAGAGGCGUGUUUGAUGCCUCUCUGAAGAUGGCGGGCUUCUACGGCCUGUACACUUGGCUCACUCACACCAUCUUUGGCAUCAACGUGGUCUUCAUUCCUUCAGCCCUGGCCGCCAUCUUGGGCGCGGUGCCCUUCCUGGGCACGUACUGGGCCGCCGUGCCCGCCGUGUGCGACCUGUGGCUGGCGCAAGGCGAAGGUGUCAAGGCCGCUCUGCUGCUCGUCUGCCACAUGCUGCCGACCUACUUCGUGGACACGGCUAUCUACUCGGACAUCUCGGGGGGGGGUCACCCCUACCUGACAGGCUUGGCAGUGGCGGGCGGCGCCUACUAUCUGGGUCUGGAGGGCGCCAUUAUUGGUCCCAUCCUGCUGUGCAUCUUGGUGGUGGCGGCCAACAUCUACAGCGCCAUGCUGAUGAGCCCCAACUCCGCGGCCCCCACGCCCAUCCAGGCGGGCUGCCCCCAGCCCGGCAACAGAUUCUCCCCCCCCCCCCCAGGCCUUUGUCAGAGUCGACGCCAUCCGUCCUGAAAAAGAGCAGUGAGUGACGGCGGGCUGGCGGAAAGACUCGACUGCUCCUUCUCCCCGUGCGGCUCCGCUACGCGGGUCCGGCGAGAUGGCGUCGCAAGGAAGGGGGGUUCACGGUCGCUCACCCACAAUGCUUUGCUGCACCAUCGCUCUGAACAAAACGGUGCCUGCGGCCGUCAAUCAAAAAGAUGAUACGUAACACGCUUGCCAAAAUUGUUUUUAUGGUACUUCUACAGCGUGAGAUGAUUGUCGAAACAUUUCCACGUCGGUACCUCUCCUCACAUUAAGACUCACGUCGUCUCCAGUCACAUUGUACAACAACUUGCUUCCAAAGAUUUCUCAUGGUCACUCGUGUAAGGUUGCAAAGGACCACAACAUUUCGUUAUGUUUUAGAAUUAUACACAAUAUUGGAAAUAAUCAGUUGGACAAGUUGGAUACUUUCCAUGACAAUUAACUUGAAAUUUGAGUCAUUCUCAUUUAAAAAUCAACAUAUUUUGAAAGCUUUUUGCCGUUAUCCUCCCCCCAUGAACAACAAAAUACUUUUUGUGUUUGACAUAAAAAAAAAGUUUGGAGAUGCAUGCUUUAUUUUGGACUACAUGCAUGUGCAGUGUUCUUAUUUGCACUUUUUAAAAUUCUCAACCUAUCCUUUGCUGAAAAACUCAGCAUUUUGGUGUUGAGCUAGCCGACACCCAAAGAUGAUCAUCUUGAGGUAUCUUGGUGCCGAAGAACUAUGUUGACAUGAUGGUUGGAACUUCUAUUAGGCGAAGCCAUGUUUAGUAGAAAGGUGAUUGAUUGAUUGUGGCAUCUAUAGGCAAUUCUAAAUAUUUUUAGGGGGAGCCCCCCCCCCCCCCCACAGCAGGGCUCCAGAAAAAUGUUUUUUGGGGGGGGGGAUUAAAAACCCUACAAAAAUGCAUUAAUCAUAUGAGCAAACAUGCAUGCAAAGUAUGUACUUUUUAAAAGUUCUUGGCUGAUUUAUUUUAACUAUUUGACUUUAACAUAUAUUAUAAUAAACCAACCUGAACAUUUUGAAAUUUCCAGUUUAUUCCCAACAUUGAAAAUGUCAUGUAUUUUGCAACCCUACCCAUGUGGCCAUAAAAGUAGCACUGAGUUUGCACAAAAUGUUUGCUUUAAUAACAAUGCACACCUGCCUGCUCUCCAUGACCACGUUUUCACAUUUGUGUUGUUUAUAAAGAAGAAUAGAAUUAUGAAAUGUAAUCCCAAGUGAAGUGUUUGAAAAUCCCAUUUUAGCCCAGCAUAUAACUCGAUAAAUGGUGACAUGGUUUAUCUGAUAAGGCACUGAAGUGGAGUGGGCUAGCUCUUUUUUUUUAAUCUGCAGAAAUGAAUAGCGAAAAGACAUAUCUUUAUGGUCUCACUCACGGUUUAGUUCCAUUUGUUUUUCUGUUAACCAUAACAUCAUUCUGUAAUUGCAGUCAAGACAGCUUUCAUUAGAUAUUGAUUGGAUGUUUGUGCUUGCUUAUUAUUUAUUUUCACUACACUAGCACUUUAAGAGUACUACAGUGCUUAUCGCCAAGUUUGUAUUUGUAAUAGAUGGAUGGUAUAGUACAUUUGGUUUGUUGGAACAAUUUUGGUUUUUUUUGGAGUGUGCAUAAACAAUAUCUGUGCUUACCAAAUGAGUUUUCUUUUUAUUACCGUUUUCCUCAAAAGACUGGAUAUGCACUGCCGAAUAAAAGUUUGAAGUAAA